GAGAAUCUACUUCCAUCAGAAAUUUGCGAGACGGAAAUGGACGAUAUGUCGACAACAAACGACUCGGAAUACUUUUCUCAACCCAUACCUGAAAGUACAAUCAAAUAUGUCAAGGACCUGGAGGAGCAAUUGUUUUUGGCUCGAGACAAGCUUACUGAAGCUGAAGAAGUUUUGCUUUAUAUGAAACAAAUGUUUACGAGUAUAGAUUACACUGCUGCAGAGAUCAGAAGAGUUUGUUAUAGGCAAGAACAAAGAAAUAUGCAAUUAGUGGGUGCUCAACCACUCGCAUUCAACGCUGCAAGUAACAGUCAGGCAGCAUCAAAUAUCAAUUUUCCGGAUAAAAAGUUGGGGACACCAAAAAAGGGUCCGGCACGGGACUUAAGGGACACCGAAGUGCCAAGUGCAAUUGAAUGCUUCGAAAAGCUCCCUCUGACAGUACCCCUUAGCCCUUUGAAACUUAAACUAUUUUUGGAUGACAGGAGACAAGGCCAAAGUUUGCAGAAGGGGGCCCAAUUUUUAACCCAGGACAUGGAUGGAUUAAUGAGACAACUUAAUUGCCUUAAGGAUAUGCUUUUAGAGAAGAAAGCUUCUAUGCAUUUGAUACGCGUAGAGGAUUUCGAUGGCGCUCGCUUGUUAGCGCGGUUGGAAAAAAUCGUUUCAAGCCUCCAGCAUUAAUAAAAAUAUUUUUUUAGUAAUGGAAAUACUUUUUCAACCGGAAAAAACAUGUAUAUGACGUAGUUAUACAAAAUGUUGAAAAGUAUUUUUAAUAAAAAAUGAUUUUAUUCCAAGCCUAAGCGUCUAUUUUUUGUAUAGGUAGACUCUCUAACGUGGAACCCAAAAGUUUUCCAUGUGGGAAGUU